AUGCACAUGCUGCUAGCGCUGGCUGUCAAUCAGGCCCUCCAGGAGUAUUACUUUCAGAAGAGCCAGGCCGAAGAGCAGGUUGUGGUUUUCGAGUAUUUCGGGAGCUUUUCCCGGUCACUCCUUACCAUGUUUGAGUUUACCCUCGCAAAUUGGGCCCCCCCAGCAAGGGUAUUGAUGGAGAAUGUGCACGAGGCACUCUUCAUCUAUUCUGUUGUGCACAAGAUGGCACUUGGAUUUGCCGUCAUCGGGAUUAUAAAUGGAGUAUCCAAGACGUUCAAGGUGGCUUCUUCGGACGACGCCGUGAUGGUCAGGCAGAUGUAUCGUAAGGAGAAGAUGCACACUCAAAAGAUGCAGCGCCUCUUCGUCGAGGCAGACGCGAACGGCGAUGGUACUAUUGAGCUCGAUGAGUGGCUGACGAUCUGCGAGGACCAGUGGGUGCAGAUCUGGCUGAAGUCUCAAGACCUCGAUGCAACUGAUCCGGGCAAGUUGUUCACCUCAUUGGAUGACGGCAGCGGGACCCUCACUGUAGAGAGGCUCGUCGAGGGCACUGCGCGGCUGAAAAGCCAGUGUUCGGCCGUGGCAGUUAUUACUCUCCUCAAAGAAGUUCACGAUCGGGUGAAGGACAUCGAAACCACGUUGCAUGACGACCGUGCUGAGGUCAAUCCCGUCAGGACGCGCGGGGAUGAUCGAUUCAGAGGGUCUCCCCUUCCCAGCAGCAAUGCAUUAUGA